UUUGGGCUCUAACAAUUUGAGCGGAUAGGGGAAAAUGUAUCUGUAUGAAAAUUCCACGCGCUCGGUGUGCGCAUGGAAUGCGGUUGAUGUCGAAGUGGAUGGAGUGCUGCAGCACGGUCAGGUAAUUGGCCUAACAAAUACCGAAGGUGGUCCGUCGCGUCUGAUGGUUGAUUUUGGGUGUCCUGGUCAACGGGCGGUAGUGGUUAAUUACGGAAAGGUUUACGGCUGCAUGCAACCGCGGGACGAUAAAAUCCUCGAAAAGCGUCACGUCGCCGUGGAGGCACUGCUGCGUACCCAUCCCGAUCAACCGUGGAAAUGGUUUCCGGUCGAAGUCGAAGUCGAAGUGCAGUGUUGUGGAGGGUGAAUACGCCUUGGUGGAUGCAAUGCUAGUGGGGCAUUGCGUCCGCGUACUGCUUCCCUCCAGUCAGAUUCGGCAGCGCCUGACGGCCGAAGCGCUCCAGUUGCGAACUGUCCAGCCCGGUGAUUUCCAGAUCAGAACGUGUAGGUCCCCAGUUAAUGACUGGCAUUCCAGGCAAUUACUCCUUUUUCCCGGUAGCAACUGGGGGGAUUUACCGCGGAAACCACCGUCGCCGCAUUCUCGUUUGCUGUCAAAUAUCCGUGGCAAAAUGUUUUACCUUCAACGGAUCACUGAUCCGCCUUUAUCAAACAGAGACGCAGCAAGCUUACUGAGGACCAGGAGCGUAGGCUUCCGCAGUAAUACCAGAAGACUGGAUUCGCCCUGGGCCCACGUUUCGGUAAAUCUAGCAGACGGACCAGACUUUUGCAGUUUCCCAGCGCUGCCGGAAUUGUUGACGGAAACCUUUCAAUCGCUGGACACAGUCGAGCGGCAGCAUUGCCGACGCACCUGUUAUCUGUGGGAGGAAAUUCUCACUUCGGACGCCAUGUCCAAAAAUGUCCACAUAUCGCUCCAGCAGCCCGGUUUUGGCGCCCGUGUGGUGAGCUGUCGGAGCGCGGAUUACGCAAUGUACGCAUGCAUUUUCCUGAACAUAACAUCCGCCACGCGAACGAUCUGCUUGCUCCCCCCUGAAAUAAAUAGAAAAGCGGAAACUGUGCAAACCUCCAGGGGCGAUCCUCCGUUAAACCUUAACGAGGGGAUGGAACUGGAGCACAGUCUGUCCGUCGGCAAAGCGAUGAUCGCCGUUAAAGAAGCACUGAAAGACACCGGUGUCCGUCUGGACCAAUUGAUUAUUUACCAGCGGUCGAUAUCCGUCCAACGCUAUGAUCGGUCUUUCGUGGGAUAUCUUGAUAGCGUCGCCGAGUUAUAUUCCGGCCUGGCGAUCUGCUGCAACCGUGUGAUUUGGAAGGACCAUUCGUUACGCUUUGAGUCUGCACCGCUGGAGCUCCGUAUUCCAUAUGCCAGCUUCGUUCUGCGCAGUGUCGAUGCGCCACGCAUUUGGGAUUUUUUUGAACAACGUCUGGUUUGCCGCGAACCACUGGACAUGGAGCUGCUGGAGUACUGGACUAACGAAUUAAUUACCAGGCAGGUGAAGCAGGUCGAAUCGAAGCUAGCUGAGGCAGUUCAGGUAGGCGCUCCGUUUUUUAUUAACCUCGUUGCUGGCAUGAUAGUAAUAAAAUUCAUGAUAAUCGUACGUAAUAAAGUAGAGCAAAUUACGUUGCUUGUUUCGCUUUUAAAUGCUUUCCAAAUGCCGGAUCCGCGGACAUCUGGGCGCUAUUUCCGUCGAUAUUGGUCCUUGUCCAAUUUGGACAGUUUGGAUGUGAGGAAGCUAAACAAGUACUGUCUACAUGCCUGGGCUGCUUUCGUUGGAAAACUGGACUUCAUGUCUUAGGCCGGCCACUACUGCGCCGAAUAAAGAUAAUAUACUAAAAACACAAAUUUGCUUCUUUCAUUUAUAUAGAACAAUUAUCGUAUACGUUCAACGAAUGUACGUAUACAGUCCGUUUGUUUGUAGUUCUAUAUUAAUCGCACCAUGCUUUUUCUUUCCUGCAGUUGUAGUUUAUUAUCCGCUGCUGUAAAGGGACACUCUAACUGACUAACUGUUUGUAUAACCUGACUUCAUAUUUCAGA